UUAGUCACAGGUAAUCUUUCAGCAGUUCAGGUGCAUUUUAUUUCAGAAUCUAUAACCGAGCUAGGUACACAACGAAUAUACCUCGGAAGAACCGCGAAAGAAAUGUGAGCAACCAGUUCAAACCGGUUGCGAAAGGUAUUGUGCAAGUUAUCAUCAUCUGAUAUAUUCGUCUUCAUUUAGCUCAAUACUGAGCUGUGGAAAAGGGUGGCUGAUUUUUUAAGGUAACACUAUAUGACAUCUGUCAGAGUGGAUGGGAUGAAGCAACCUGUUGCAUUUGGGAGCCCAGUCAAUGGGAACAUGGCAACGAUGAUGGAUCAGGCAGCGAGGCUGCUGGAUUUUACGCAGAAGCUUGAUAUAAAUUUACUUGAUAAUGUUGUGAAUUGUAUGUACACUGGUGAAGGUGCCCAGCAAAAAAUUGCACAAGAAGUUCUGACAGCUUUGAAAGAGCAUCCUGAUGCAUGGACACGAGUGGAUGCCAUUUUAGAAUUUUCCAAAAACCAGCAAACCAAAUAUUAUGGGUUACAGAUUUUGGAAAACGUCAUUAAAACAAGAUGGAAGGUCCUGCCUCGAAAUCAGUGUGAAGGUAUCAAGAAAUAUAUUGUUGGCUUAAUUAUAAAAACAUCUUCAGAUCCAGAAAGUUUGGAGAGAGAAAAAGUUUAUUUGAAUAAAUUAAACAUGAUACUUGUUCAGAUCUUAAAACGAGAGUGGCCUAAGAACUGGCCUACUUUCAUCAGUGAUAUUGUUGGUGCCAGCAAAACCAACGAGAGCUUGUGUCAAAAUAAUAUGAAUAUUUUGAAGCUGUUAAGUGAGGAGGUUUUUGAUUUUUCGAGUGGGCAGAUGACACAGGCAAAAGCCAAGCAUUUGAAAGAUACAAUGUGUAUUGAAUUUUCACAAAUCUUCCAACUUUGUAAUUUUGUUAUGGAAAACUCCCAGAAUGCUUUAUUAGUUCAUGCAACAUUAGAAACCUUGCUUCGAUUUCUUAAUUGGAUACCACUUGGAUACAUAUUUGAAACCAAACUGAUAAGUACUUUGGUUUAUAAGUUUUUGAAUGUUCCUAUGUUCCGUAAUGUUACAUUAAAGUGCUUGACAGAAAUAGCUGGUGUUUCAGCUCCACAUUAUAAUGAUGUAUUUAUUAUGCUGUUUACUCAGACGAUGGGCCAGUUGGAACAGAUGUUACCUGCACGAACAGUCAUCAAAGAUGCUUAUGCUAAUGGCCAAGAUGAAGAACAAAAAUUUAUUCAAAACCUGAGUUUGUUCUUGUGUACUUACUUAAAAGAACAUGGGAGUUUGAUCGAAAAAAGAACCGAUCUGCAGCAUAUGCUUCGUCGGGCUCUUCACUACUUACUUCUAAUAUCUGAAGUUGAAGAGGUGGAAAUAUUCAAAAUCUGUCUUGAAUAUUGGAAUGCACUAUCUGCAGAUUUGUACAGAGAAAGCCCUUAUAGUGGUGUUUCAACAGAGACCUUCUCUCAAGGUCCAAAUUCAGUCGUACCAUUAAGGAGGCAACUGUAUCAACCUGUAUUGACAAAGUUAAGGUACACUAUGAUUGGAAGAAUGGCCAAACCAGAAGAAGUUCUUGUUGUGGAGAAUGAGCAAGGAGAAGUUGUUCGUGAAUUCAUGAAAGAUACUGAUUCCAUACAGUUGUAUAAAAACAUGAGGGAAACAUUAGUUUACCUUACCCAUUUGGAUUAUGGUGAUACUGAGAGAAUAAUGACUGAAAAGCUCCAUAAUCAAGUGAAUGGUACUGAAUGGUCUUGGAAAAAUCUAAAUACAUUAUGCUGGGCCAUUGGAUCUAUAAGUGGAGCAAUGCAUGAAGAAGAUGAGAAGAGAUUUCUGGUCACUGUUAUAAAGGAUUUACUAGGUUUAUGCGAGCAAAAGCGUGGGAAGGACAACAAAGCUAUAAUUGCUUCUAACAUCAUGUAUGUUGUGGGCCAGUAUCCUCGUUUCUUAAGGGCGCAUUGGAAAUUUUUGAAGACUGUUGUGAAUAAACUUUUUGAAUUCAUGCAUGAAACACAUGAUGGAGUUCAAGAUAUGGCCUGUGAUACUUUUAUUAAAAUCUCUCAGAAAUGUCGUCGACAUUUUGUUCAGGUUCAAGUUGGGGAAGUAAUGCCUUUUAUUGAGGAAAUUCUGAAUAAUAUCAACACAAUUAUUUGUGAUCUACAGCCACAACAAGUUCAUACAUUUUAUGAGGCUGUUGGUUUUAUGAUAGGUGCACAGACUGAUCAAGCUGUGCAAGAACAUCUAAUUGAAAAAUACAUGUCACUUCCUAAUGAGGUUUGGGAUGCCAUAAUUCAGCAAGCAACAAAAUCUGUUGACGUGCUGAAAGAUCCUGAUGCAGUGAAACAGCUUGGAAACAUUUUGAAAACAAAUGUGAGGGCUUGCAAAGCAUUGGCACAUCCAUAUGUACUGCAGCUUGGUCGCAUCUACCUGGAUAUGCUGAAUGUGUAUAAAGUCAUGAGUGAAAACAUCAGUUCGGCUAUUGCUGUGGUUGGUGAAAGUGUCACAAAACAACCUUUGAUACGAAGCAUGAGAACAGUAAAAAAGGAGACACUGAAGCUGAUAUCAGGCUGGGUCAGCCGAUCGACUGAUCCUCAGAUGGUGUUGGAUAAUUUCAUACCACCUCUGCUUGAUGCAGUGUUACUGGAUUAUCAGCGGUGUUCAGUACCUUCAGCACGAGAGCCAGAAGUUUUAUCCACAAUGGCUACAAUUGUGAAUCGACUGGAGUCACAUAUAACUCCAGAAAUCCCCAAAAUAUUUGAUGCUGUUUUUGAAUGCACCUUGGAUAUGAUAAACAAGGAUUUUGAGGAGUUUCCAGAACAUCGAACAAAUUUCUUCCUUUUGUUACAAGCUGCAGUCACACACUGUUUUCCUGCUUUGUUAAAUAUACCUGCUGCACAGUUCAAGCUGGUUUUGGAUUCUAUUGUAUGGGCUUUCAAACAUACUAUGAGGAAUGUUGCUGAUACUGGUCUUCAAAUUUUGUAUCAGUUGUUGCAAAAUAUUAGCCAGGAAGAAGCAGCUGCUCAGAGUUUCUACCAAACAUACUAUACUGACAUUCUGCAGCAUCUUUUUUCAGUUGUCACUGAUACAUCACAUACAGCAGGGCUGACUAUGCAAGCCACCAUUCUGGCCUACAUGUUCAGCAUUGUCGAAAGUGGCAAGAUUACGUUGCCAUUAAAUCCCACAGAACAGGCUGCAGGUGUACCAAACAUUGUGUACAUUCAGGAAUUCGUGGCAAGAUUGUUAAAAACAGCAUUUGCACAUUUAUCUGACGCUCAGAUAAAAAUUACAGUUCAAGGGUUCUUUAAUUUGGAUCAAGAUAUUCCUGCAUUUAAAGAGCAUUUAAGAGACUUCUUAGUGCAGAUUCGUGUAAGUGAAUUAUUUUGU